UUUAUGAUUAGUUGAAUGCAUUUUGUUUAUCCAUUCAAUGCACAGUGACAUAUUCAUGACUUGAACAAAUCAGCAAUUGAAAUUCAGUACGAUUUUUUGCUGGCAUUUACAAGAUCGUGCCUGCAUGUACUGUCUAUUGCGAUGUUGCAUGGAAUGUCAUGCAAAUGUCGCAGAUAUAUAUUCAGUGUAGGACCGCAAUUUAAGUUCUUUUAGAUGCUAAUCGAAUUAAGUUUACGCAAUAAGAACUGCUUGUUUUACAAAAAAUAGAGAUGGUACACUAUUGUGCCUGAAUUGUCGCCAUGGAUGGUUGUAGACAACAAUACCGUUGACGUCAUUUCGUUAAAUAGUUAUCACGAGAAUCCCAGCACUAGUGUCCAUAUAAUGGAAGCAAAACUACGUCACACGAAUAACAAAGCCUAAAGGCUAGCGCUACAUGUUAUUAGAUGGCGUCCAAGACUUACGAAGACGAGUUGACGGGUAAUGAAUUGGCAAAUUUGAAUACCUUAAUACAGGUUAUACAAGUGGGAAAGGAAGAUCUAGGAACAGAUGACCAAAUCGAGAAGACCGAAUCAUAUAUCCAUGCUUACAUUCAAAAUGCAUUAAAUGACCAUCCAUUAAAUAGCUUGCGUCAUCCAAAUGUACAAUUACCGUUCUACGAUGCUCGAUUAGACAUUGAAAGAGACGACAUUAUUUCUACGCGCAUGUACAUGAUAAAUUUCCAAAUUUUAUCACUUCGAUAUUGGAACAAAAAUGCACGAAAAAAACUGAUGGAAAAACAUUUUCAAAAACUUCAAACUAGCGUCACGACGGCAAGACUUGUGUCAGAAAAGAUAGUGGAAUCCCUCUCAUCCUUUACACGUGACCCAACUAGCAAUGACGCACUAGCUCACAGAGAUGAACCAGAAUACUCAAACAUUCCCGGAGACAACUUCUUGAAAAAAAUCCUAAAUUAUUGGCUGAUAGUUCCAAGGACACAAUGGGAUAUUUCGGACGUCCUUCACCAGAUGUAUACCUUUGACAUAUUCCAUCAAGGCUUUUUCUCAAAAUAUGUACAUUUCUUUACCAUACCAACGAAUGUGCUGUUGCUGAUGGUGUUUCUUGCUCAGUUCAACAUCCCGACCCUCGGAGAAUUACGAUACGGAAAUGUGUUUGCAGUUAACUUAGCUCUAGUCUUAUUUGGCAUUUUUGGUGUUGCCUACGUCAUUAUAGCUGUCCGUCAAAACAGUUGGGAAUGGGGUGUUGCAACAUUCGGUGUUCUUGCUAUUCUUAAUAUGGCGGGAAAUGUGUGGUACUACAGUUAUCGGGCCAUUGACAAUCGGUGGUACAACCCGACAAACAUCUACAGCAAUCCGUUGGUAUGGAGUUACAUUGUGUCUUUCAUGCAAACUGCAUCCCAUUUGGUUGUCCCACAGUUACCCCCAAAUGUAACAGGCACCAAUUACUGGGAAUCAUAUACUUCGUUCUUUACAAUAAAGAGAAAGACCAAAGAAUCAACAAUCAAACACGUGGUAUUUCUGUCACUCUCAGUGGUACUAUUUCCGGUCUUGUUUGUUUUCGACGAAUGGGUUUCAUCCCCUCGUUUGCUUGGCACUGAGGUUCUAUACAUUAUGACGGGAAUAGGAUACCGACCAAAGAUUUUUCAGAGGUAUUUCAGAGUAGUUGAAAAGGCGGUUCUCCAUGGUAACCCGAUUAUCGACCGAUUUCCUACAAACUACAAAGAUCUCCGAUUCGAUACAGCUGAACCGAUACUAGCUAAAGAAAAGAAUGGAUUCGUUUCAGAAAAAGAAAUCCGCUAAAUCGUCAGCAGACGACUAAUGGUUAUGUACCAGACACAUGUGCUAUACUAGAAACAAAAUCAAAUACGAGAUUUAAACUUUGACAACUAGAAAAAUACAUUUACUUCUUUCUUUGUUUUUUGUUAUUAUUACCAUUAUUGUUAAAUACG